UAGUAAGUAUUUUAGUAAUAACGUUGAUAAGGAAUUUAUAUAAACAUCUAGAACCAGUACCAGUCUGGGUAUUAGCUCAGAGGCAAGGCUGAUUAGUAAGCCCUAAACUUAGGAGUGGGAGCAUCCACUUUCUCCAACCUCUGUGUCGUCUUUCUUUGCCUCUUAAUGAUUGCCAGCUGUAGUAGGUCGCUUAUCUGAGCCUUCAUUGAAGUGCAGGAUGUCAGUUUAUUUUUAUGGAAUCGUCCAUUCUUCCUUAACUUACUUUUGGAAGCUAAGUCGUUAAUCAGACCCUUGGAAACUCUUGAGCAAGUUGAGAAAUCAUUAUAAGCUGAAGGAAUAUUCUUUGAGGUGCCUAUAUCCUCAGUAAGCUUAUCUUCAAGUCUUCUCCUAUUGGCAAGCCCAUCUGAGUUGAUUGUAAUUUACACGACGGAGUGCUUCAUACCAAAGGGUUAUUGGCCAUGUUUUUCUCUAAACUUGUUGAUGUUUUUACCUUUGAUAGGACAACACCCUCAUCAAGUAAUUCCUCUGACAAAUCUUCUUCAUAGAGGCACUCCCUAGGGUUGAUUUGGAACGAAAACUCCAUUU